AUGACCUCGGAGGGGCUGGCGGGGGCGCUGGCGGCAGUGCUGGGGGGCCGGGGGCUGCUCGUGCAGGGCUGUGACUCGGGGCCGGCCGGGGAGGCGCCGGCGCCGGUGCGGCUGCGGAAAAACGUCAGCUACGUGGUGCUGGCCGUGUUUCUCAACGAGCAGGAUGAGGUGCUACUGAUCCAGGAGGCCAAGAGAGAGUGCCGGGGGUCGUGGUACCUGCCCGCAGGGAGAAUGGAGCCCGGGGAGACCAUCGUGGAGGCCCUGCAGCGGGAGGUGAAGGAGGAGGCCGGGCUGCGCUGCGAGCCCGUGACGCUGCUGUCUGUGGAGGAGCGGGGCCCCUCCUGGAUCCGCUUCGUGUUCCUCGCUCACCCCACAGGUGGAAUUCUCAAGACUUCCAAGGAGGCAGAUGCAGAGUCCCUGCAGGCUGCCUGGUACCCUCGGACCUCCCUGCCCACGCCGCUGCGGGCCCAGGACAUCCUGCACUUGAUCGAGCUAGCUGCCCAGUAUCGCCAGCGAGCCAGGCACCCCCUCAUUCUGCCCCAGGAGCUUCCCUGCAGUGUGGUCUGCCAGCGGCUUGUGGCCACCUAUACCAGCGUGCAGACGGUGUGGGUGUUGGUGGGCACCGUGGGCAUGCCUCACUUGCCCGUCACCGCCUGUGGUCUCACCCCCAUGGAGCAGAGGGGCGGCAUCAAGAUGGCUGUCCUGCGCCUGUUGCAGGAGUGUCUGACCCUACACCAUUUGGCGGUGGAGACCAAGGGGUUGCUUGGACUGCAGCACCUGGGCAGAGACCAUACCGAUGGCAUUUGUCUGAAUGUGCUGGUGACAGUGGCUUUUCGGAACCCAGGUAUCCAGGAUGAGCCCCCAAAGGUCCGGGGCGAGAACUUCUCUUGGUGGAAGGUGGUGGAGGAAGACCUCCAAAGCCAGCUCCUACAGCGGCUUCGGGAAUCCUCUGUUGUCCCAGUGAACAGAUAGGAAGGCAGCAGCAGCAGGGGCCGGGAGCUGGGCAGCCGUGCUUCCCUCUGAGGGAGGCAGGAGGCUGCUGAUCGGGGGACCUUGUUGCCUUGGGAAUGGGGGUUCUGAGGAGGAGACCCCUACAUUGCACAUGGGACUGUGCCUUUAACUGAGCGAGUCCAAAGCGCAGGCCUGAUUGCUCUGGGGACACUGAGGCUUCUAAGGGGAUGAGAAUGGGGAGUUCUCUGAACCCCAGAUGGCAUCUGCUCAUCUCUUUCUGUGCCCACCUUGGUAAAGGCCUGUGUCCUGGUCUCGCCAGGCACUUAGAAGCUGGAGGGCACCUUGCUGAGUAAAUAGGGGUUGCUCACCUUGCCUUUCCUGCCUAAAUGUCUGUGGGGAGCAAGCCAGGGGGAACUGCCGUCCCAGAGAGCUACUGCUCCCCUUUGGCCACCAACAGCCACCCAGGCCUUUCCCAGACAGUGCGCGGACACUGGUGGGGCCAGCCUGCUGGAGCUGUCUCCACCUCGCCUGCGGGCGGGACGUGACUGAGGGGACCACAUCCCUAGUGAGACACAGCUCUGAAUGUUCCGACGUGGGGCGGUGGGGACCCCUGGGGAGCUUCAGGUGGGACAGGAGGUGGGGACGUUGGCCCAGUGCUGUCUGCCUGGGCCUCCCUGGCUCUGACCAGCCCUGCACCUCUGCCUUUUUACAGCCUCAGCCUAAGCCUGACCAAACCUUUUCUUCAUUUCCCCUCAGCGCGGCUGAGUCAUAGCAGGAUGUUUUUGUAUUAAUAAUAAAAGAACUUCACAACAAUUUAAGGGAAAACCAAAG